CCGGAGAUCGCAUAACCCAGGCUGGGACUCAACCUACGCCGCGCUUCUAUUAACAACCAACUUGUUCGCCGAAGACCCCUCUCUCAGUUUCACAGACAGCCGUGAACUCAGUAAUCCGCCGCGCUGCUGCCUCCAGCCCUGCUGUGGUUACAAGAGGUGACAUGGAGAACAGCGGGAACAUCUGUCAGCAUCUGGCCAUCGCUAUAUUCCUCUUCUGUUCUUAUACCGCCACACACGGCAAACCAGUGGAUGGAAUUAACAUCAAGAAGAGGUCAGUCACGGAGCACCAGUUCAUGAACGACAAGGCCAGGUCAAUCCACGACUUGCGGCGACGGAUCUGGCUCAACAACGUAAUGGGAGAGAUACACACAGCUGUGAGCCGCGAGGUGGCCGAGCGGCCGCCGCCACGUUCCGCCAGAGUGCCCGUGCUUCUCAUCAACGUGGGGCCCAAGAACAGCACCAACGCGGUCACCAGGACGGCGGGAAGAGAGGAGGACAAGCCGGGCGCAAACAGGCACCAGAACGCCAGGAAGAACGGGAGGAGGAAGAAACAGGGCAAUAACAGCAGGCGCAAGGCGCAGAGAGGCCGGGAGGAGAACCGCAGGCGCGCCCGCUCCCCCGUGACCCAGCCCGGCACCGGAGUCGUCCCAAGCCUCUCCCCACCGGCCAACUCCCGCUCUAUCGCCCCGGUAACUACCGCCGCUUGAAUGAUUGAAAGAUACAGUAUGGAAACAGGCCCUUCGACCCACCGAGUCCACGCCGACCCCCUUCACACUAGUUCUAUGUUAUCCCACUUUCUCAUCAACCCACCCCUUGCCCGUUUCACAGCUAAAUUAACCGACAAACUGCAUGACUUUGGAGUGUGGGGGGGAGCCGGAGAAAACCCACGCGGUCACAGGGAGAACAUGCAAACUCCACACACA